GUCAGCUCAGAAAAAAACUGAACGGAGAAAAUAGGUCAGAUUUAGAUAACUACAGACACCCAAGACUCUGAAGCAAAAGAGGGCAGUUUCUUUUCACAUGAGAUUAUAAUCAUCACUCUCCAUCAGAGAGACAUAAUCUUCAUUCCACCUCCAGAGGUUUUCAUCUCGCAGUCCCAACUUCCAGCAGCAUCAUGAAAUUAUUCAGUAUCGUUGUCCUUUACAAAGGUCCCACCAAAGUGACAAUUUUGAAGUCAGCAAGUGACUUGUCUUCUUUUGGCUACUUUCAGAAGUCAAGUGUUCAAGAGUUCAUGAACUUCACAAGCAAAAUUGUUGUAGAAAGAACACAGCAGAAGAUGCGCUCAUCGGUGAAAGAGCAAGAUUACAUUUUCCAUGUCAUGUGUAAAGAAAGUAAUCUUUCAGGAGUUAUCAUCUCAGAUGGGGAUUACCCCCCACGCGUUUCAUUUACGCUCUUAAAUAAGAUACUAGAUGAGUUUGCAAGUGCUGUGUCACCAUCAACAUGGGGAACAGUCAAAGAAAAUAGUGCAAAUUAUCAAGGACUUGAAUCAUAUCUUUCCAAGUAUCAGAAUCCAUCAGAAGCAGAUCCAAUGAUGAAAAUCCAGAAAGACCUUGAUGAAACCAAAGUUAUAAUGCACGAUACGAUAGAAUCGAUGCUGACCCGAGGAGAGAAGCUAGAUGAUCUGGUAGCGAAAUCAGAUGACUUGAGUGCUCAAUCAAAGACAUUCUACAAAACAGCACGAAAAACAAACUCCUGCUGUGUUAUACAGUAAAGAACAUUUGUGCGAUCAGCUACUCCUAAUGUAAGCACUCGUCAUAAUAGAUGUUGGACUUAUUCAGCAAUGCACAUGUGGUAAAAAGGCAUGACUUGUAUCUCUCUAUAUAUAAAAAGAACAUGCCAAUGAUCUUUGUAAACUGUUGAUGAUGAUGAUCUCUGGAUGAAUGUAUAAUGAGAGAAUCGGAUGAUGGUAAUGACACUGCAUUUAUGUACUGGACUUUGAAAAAGCAAGCUUGUGCUUGCCAAGAGACUUACAGCUGUUAAGAUUCAUUCCUAUCUGAGGGACUAGUAAAACAAACAUCAUAUGAGAUGACAGAUGACCACCGUCCUUGUAUUGCAAUGUCCUAGUCACCAAUCAUAUUGCCUCUAGUGCUGGUGUAAUUGAAUAGUAAUAUGGAGCUUUUGUUUAUUUAAGGUGACAAUGAAGUUGGUGACGUAAAAGCAUGUUUUUGGUUGAUCCUUUUGUACAUGCUCGUGACAGGAUGUCCGUCAGUCAUCAAAAAUCUAUUAUAGAUUUUAGGGUUCUGCCAUGAUAACACAGCAUCGUAAUGCCAAAUUUGCUGUUGGACCUAUGUAUAAAUUACAGUAUUGUAUGCUGUGGUUCCAGAAGAUUCUGGUCGGAAGAAGUUAUAGAGAUGUAAACUUAUAGUUUGACCCCCUUCCCGUUGUCUGCUCAGAAUGUACCGGCACCACUGAUGUCAUGGAAAUUUGAUAAUCUAUACAGAUUUAAGACCUUCAGCCAUUCAUUCUGUAAUUUUUUUAUAGCUUUAAAUAUGCCGUGCAAUGGCAUUUUUUCUGGAGACUUUUCAAACCUAGGCUUCACUAUUUGGCUGCCAUUGAGAGUCUAUGCCUGACCAGUUGCAGUCCUGGGGGGUGUUUCACAAAGAUUUAAGUAUGACUUAGAGUCAAACUUGAAUGCCUAGUUGCGCGCAGUAUAAAAGGCAUGACCACAUUGGUCAGAUCAUGCCAAGAGGUCGCGCACUACAGCGUAUUGAUCAAAAAGACUGCGAGUUGCACAUCAAGUACGCCUCAGCAUGUAAGUGCGACACUAAGUCAUACUAGUACUUUAAUUCUUUGUGUAACACCCCCUGAAUACAUAAUAAUGUAUUCGCAGGAUAGAAAAUUAAUGUCACAGGUUCAAAGCUACAUGUAAACUUGCUGGUAACCUCUUAUAUGAUGGGAAAACACAUAAUUUGAUGCACAAGACCAAUUACACUGUGAUUGGAGACUGUCUUCAGCCACAGAUCUAUAUUUAUUCUUAUUAAAAUUGUAUUUCCCCAUGGAACAUGAAAUAUUUUUCUAAUGCCUUUGAGUGUAAAAUAAAGUAAUAUUCAUCACUAAUGUUGCAAAGUAAAUGUAUGGGAUUGAAUAGAAUGUAUCAAUGUAGUGGAUACACAUGUCGUUAUGCAAUUAUGAAUUCAUGGGAAGACAUUUUGCAAUGACAAUGCAUUGGACCUUGAUGAUUGGAUCCUUAACUCAUUAAUUCAGUGCUCUAUUUUUAUAAAGCUGUUUGUAAACUUAUUAAUCACAUAUGACUUGAAUAUGAACUUGUCAUAAUAUGCUCCCAAAUUUCUCUAACAUAAGAAAGAAAGACUAUAUUUUAUAACCUCAUCUAGUUUUUGGUCCCAUGUAUUUUAUUCCAAGGUAAUAUGAGCAAUGAUGACUGAAAAUUAAAUUGUGAGCACCUCUUUCCAGCUUUAUUUUCCUAUAAAUAUUCCUGAAUUAUUGUGGGACAGCUGUUACAAAUUUGAAUCCAUUGCGUUGAAAUAAUAACCCCCAUAAUUUAUAAAAAAUGUUAUCAGUGGUAUAUAGCAAAAUAGAAGCUCAUUUCUAUUUGAAUGUAUAUUAAAAAGAAAAUUAUGCUAUGAUGGCAUACAUGUACCUCUCAAAGUUUUGUUUCUCUCAAGACUGAUAAUUUGGAUUCGUGGAGCAGAAACGUCGGGUCGUAUCUGUAGCACAUGUUUCACUUAAAAGCCCUUUCUGUGAAAUAUUUUGUUGAUCAUAAUUCUUGAGUCCAUGACAAUGACAGGGAAAGACUAACUUUGUUUGACUGAGGUCUGUUACUAUGGUAAAUGCUAUUUGACCGGUAACUUGUCAUUGGUAGCAACCAUUGUGAAAAAGGACCUUUAUUUUCAACAUGCAAGCCUGUUUCUCUUGAAAUGAUCACCACACUACAAGCACAUUGCAAUUGUCUUGUGUGCUUGACCAGUGGUUUAUAUAUUACAGCUAUCAGCAGCAGCAGCUACCAAGAAAUUUCACAUUUAUACAGUAUGAAUAUAGUUUAACAUUUCAUCAUGUUUUAAUGACUUGAACACAAAUUUUGUUUUGCUGCUUUUAUUUUUGUACGAAAUAUUUCACUCAAAGGAAAUUGUACUUUGCUAUGGUUCUUACUCUUUUUUUAAAACAAAGUUAUUUUUGCUGUCAAAGUUUGCUGAAUAUAUAUAUAUUUAUUACUCAGAAAUGACGAGAAAUAAACAGGAAGUUGAAGUAAAGAAUAAUCCAAAACAAGUACUGUUGUUGCCAGAAGCUGUCAUUUGAUAAUUUUUUGUUAGAGUUUCAGCCAGAGACUUGAUGAAUUGAUACAAAGUAAAAAGAGUGAUAUUUACGGCUUCUAUCAAACAAGAAUAAGACUUUUCCCUUGUGAUUUGGUAUAUACUACUGUCAUUCAUUAAUUGGAAUACGUGUAUGAUAAAGGAACAUUGGUCAUUUUUCUUUAGAGUAUUAAAGUAUAGAAAGUAGACAAAGUAAAACAUUGUGACAAAAAAAAAUAUUGUAAGCAAUGUUUUAAGAAGAUAAUAUAUUUAUAAAGAGUAUGACAGUUGUUAAAAUAUGCAGUAUGUAUAUUUUAUUUGCUUCAGUGGUAUAUUUUCAUUACAUAUUUGAUGUAUUUUUGUAUGUUUUCUUCACCUUCUGUGUUGUGGUUUCCUGUUGAAAUAGAUCAACAACAAAAAAAAACAAAGAGAGAUUUCAAUUUUGGAGAGUAAAAAAUUAUUUUUGAUUACUAUUCUCUGAUUUAGCUCAUCUUGUAAGGAAACCAUGUAAUCAAAACUCUCUAGGACUCUGUCCAUUCCAUGUAGACUUGCCGUACAGUAAAUUUGUGCAGUGAUUCAAUAGUAAUGCUAAUUGUCAUAGCCUGUUGAUCGGAUUGUAUUUGAUUUCAGUACAUUUUACGGAUCACAAUGGUAUGAAUCACAAUUUUGUCUCAUAGUUGCUGAGUUCAAUGUCAAGAAUUUAGUGACCAAAUACAUAAAUUGAACAGAUACCAUUUUUUUUGUGAAAAAAAGCAACAGAUUUACACUCUCCACAUAUUUUCCCCCCUUACCUUUUUUGUUAAAAUAACAAAAUUAAAUAAUAUUGAACCCUACUUUGUGAUAUAUUUGUGAUAUGGAGGUUUACAAUUAGGUGACACGACAUUUGCUCCUGCGACAAUUGCUCUGGUGUUAAUAUCUCAGAAGCCAGGCAUAGGAUUAGAGUGAGGAUUGUAAUAGAGAUUUUGGUUUAGAAUAAUGUAAAGAUUAGGAUAAGGGUUUAUUUAGCUUCGGAGGUACGGUUUUAUGUUGGCUUAAUGUGCAGAUUUUCCAUUGGAGCAAUUGUCGCCGGAGAAUAUGUCAUGGAACCAUAAAAUUAAAGUAUAUUUUUAUGAAGAUGACCGGUUAAUCUUUGAUAAUUUGAAUAUUGAUUUUUGAAUAUUCAAAACAAUGUAAUGAUAGAAGCCAUUCGUGUAUGAUAGAUCAGAACGAUGCAGAUGUAUCUACAUGUACAGUAUCUGUUGUAUUCGAUGUGCUGGGAUCACAGAAAUCUGUUCAUCUCGAGAGAAAUAGGACUUGGUAUAGGGCAACUGGUUUGUUAAUUUUUUUAAUUUGACGUUUAACUAAUGUGUUCUUAACUGUCUUGUUAACUAUCAAUAAGCUUUGUGAUUGUUUCAUAAAGCUUUCGUCAUUUACGCUGGACUUAGGCAAGUUCUCGGGUGCGGAAUCAGAUUUAUUAAUUUCAUAUUCCCAUUUUGAUUCCCAUCACAUCAUUAAAGUUCUUGUUGCUAAAAUUCAAUGGCCUGUAUUCUGAAAUCGGGUUUAACUUAGACCAUGGUCUUACUCUGUGCUAAAAUUAUGGGAAGCCAAAAGUGUAAAAUUUUCAAGAUUUUUAAGUUGUAUGUUUACUAUGCUCUUUCCUGUUUCAUCAAUGGUGAAGACAAUUGAGAGACAAAUGAGAUGAAAUAUGAUAUCUUUUCUGUAAGUGAUUUAUGUAACAAUUGGCUAUCCAUACUUUAAACCUGAGUUUAAGUUAAACCCGAGUUCAGAAUACGGGCCAGAGAUGAGAGUGAAAGAAAUUCAGGCCCAUUUUGUUGAAACACUGGGCAAUGUAUUAUCUCAAGAAGAGAACACCAUUCAGUCCUGCAUCAAGUCAAACUAAUGAACAGCUUUAUGGAACACCUUCCUCCUACCCAUCUAUUUUCGUUCUUUUCUGGUGCUUAUCAACUCUCUUCCAAAAACAAACAUUUUAUUUCUAGUGGCCUUCAAUUUUUUUCCUCUACUUUUAAUUUUGCAUGAAGCACACUUUCCAAAUUUUAGGUGUCCAGCAUAACUAAUGCUCAAGGGGUUAUACUGUUAUUUCUACUAAAUUUGCAACUUUGGACUGCAUUUUAUGAAUUUUUUUUGUGUGUGUCUUGGUUAGCUAUAAGGAACCCUUUUGAAGAAAUGUAUCUAUAAUUUUUUUUUCAUUAAAAAUCAAAACUUUAUGUAUUUUUCCCCUUCAAAAAGUAGUCUAACUUUGCAGACUAAAGAAACUGACUGGGAUUAGUUUAUGGAAAAUGUAUAGUUAAAAUGGAUACAAUAGUAGACUUGUCUCAAUAGACACAUCAUUGUCAUUUAUAGCCCUGUCACAUUUGUUCUAUGGCAGCCGUAUGCAUAUUCAUUUUUAUUCAAACCCCCUAUAUGUAGCUGGUACAAAGAAUAUUAUAACGGCUGUUUUUGACUCGCCAUAGAUCAAAUGUGACUGAGGUAUUAGGGUCUUGUUUAGGAAGACUAUUUCACACUCUACUCCCGAGCACUCACAAUUUAAUAUAUACAGGAAUUGAAUGAAACAGAUGUUAUGAGAUUUUUACAGGCAUGUCUUAAUUGUUCUAUUGGAUAUACUUUGCACAUGGUGGUUUAUGUGAACAUGUAUGUGUGUAUAAAGUGACGAAGGUAUGCCCAGUCAAUAAUAUUGUAAUAAUGAUGAAGCCAAUUAUAUGAUUCUAUGAAUUUACAAACAAAUGUGAAAAUAAAUUUAUGUACAUGUAUUAUGAAUCUCAGUCUACAUGUUUUGAUUUUCAUUUCUCAUUUUUGUUGAAUCUUUUACAAAUAGUGAAUCAAAAUAAAGCAUCAAAUUUGUAGGAAAUAAACAUUCAACUCUUCAGAUAGUUAUACAAUGUACUAGAAACUUUAUUUACAUUUAUACAAAUUUUACAUCAAUGAAUCUAGUGCAUCAAAACAUAUUCAAUGAUAUACUGAAGUAUACAACACAUGAAAUUUACAGCGUAUGUGAAGCAAAACAAAAAGGCUAGUAUUCUCAAAAUAGAUUUCAAUUUUACCACAGUACAAAAUCACAAACUUUGCAGAUUUCUCGUAUUUCAGGCAUAAAUUUAGCACCCUUUGCUAAGUGCCCGCAUUCAUUAUUGGACUACUGUAUACUUGCUGCUUGCGAUGAAAAUAAGAUUAUGUACACAAAAUCUGCAUAUUCCAUGAUUUUGUACCGUGUUACAAUUAAGGAUACAGACUAAACGGUACAAUGAAGAAAUGGAAAAAAAGACGGAUUAUGAUUUAUACAAAGUAAAGUCUGUUGAGCAAUUGUUUGGAGGCCAAGAUUUCAUUUUCUAUGACGGGUGGAAAUUUCUUCAGCAACAGCUGUAAUUCUUCAAGAAGUAUUGUACUUAACAGCAGGAUUACGAAGAAUGUACUUCCUCUGUUUUGUGUGUGGUUGCAAAGUUAGUAUAAACUUCCAUUUCCAUAUCGUAUAGUUGGCAAAGGAAGAAUCAUCUAAACAUGACUACCGCUUACUUAUUUGAAUUUCUUUCAUAGCGCAGAAAUGAGCUAUGCAUCAUUGAUUUAAAACAUAAUUAUUAUGGAGAAUGGCAUCUAAAAUUUUGACAAAAUUAAUUCAUAUUAUUUGAAUCAAAAUAUUUUGAAAACUACCUUCAUCACAUCCCUUUUAAUGUUUGGAUCCAGAUGAAGCACAGAGAAUAAAUCAAAAUAUACCAACAGUUAAUAGAACCAUACUUAUUUACAAACAAUUCAAGUUGUAAUAAAGGGAUCAUAAUUAGACUA